CUUCUUCCUGAACGUCAAUUUUUUUCAUUCCAGAAGAAUACCUGCGGUGCAGAACAUGAACCGAGGAGCAAAUAUGUGGGUUCACAAGCCGAAAGACGACUUCGUCCAGUUUGAAUACAAGGGGAAGGAAUAUUCAAUUCCUCGCGCCGAAUACAACAAACCGUUAACGAGACAGGACCUUAAAAGACCCGCAGCGAGUGAGCGAGCGACAGCUCCCCUAAGAUCGGCGUACAACAGAUCGACUAAUGCCGGAACCACUCAGACUGUUUACACGGGAAACUUGAUGAAAAACCGACCUCCAAGUGCCGAUGCUAACGUGAACGACCUGAGUUCCGAAAAUAGGAGGCAUUUCGACAAGAGUCGACAAUCUUGUUUGGAACAAUGCGCGAACGAGUUCAAAAAGACGAUGAUGAGCUCGGCUUUUCAACCCAAGAAAGAAAUUGGAACCGAAGAAAAGGUGAUUGAAUCUGCGCCGAUGGAAGACCCGAAGAUUGAACAAAUAUACACUCUGGAGGAUAUGGUCGAGAGCAAAGAAACGGUGAUUGAAUUGCCCAUCCCCAAAAAGCGAUCCCCGGAAAAUAAGGCCUCAAUCGGCGAGUUCCCUGAACCGGAGCCGGGUAAAUCAUCUGCCACUUUGGCAGUAAAAUCAAACGAAAGUAUCGAUAUCAAGACUUGCCAGGAAGUGGCCGAAAAGCUUUGCCAGCUGAAAUCCAACGUAGUCAGUCUCAUCGAUCAGACCAUCAACCAGUUCGAAUCGGAGCAGCAACUGGAAAAUGCUGUUCCGCUGCAUCCCAGCGGCGAUGGAUCGAAACAGAACCAUCGGAUCGAGAACCUUAAAAUAUUGAAGACGGACUCGUUUGCUCAGAACAAAACGGAAAUCAGGAUGAAACUGUACGGGGAAAUUGAAAUGGCGAUUGGGCGCUUGAGAGAUUUUGAGCUACUAUGAGUAAAUUUUUGUAAUGAAGGUUUUUAUUUUGCUAAAUAUAUAUGUUUGUAUCGUUAA